AUGUUAGAUAUUCGAGUGAACAAGAAUGUGGUUACUCCUAACUGGAAUUAUUGCAGUUUUAUACUGCUUAAAGAGAUUCUUAUAUUUUAAAUGGCAAAUCCAUAAAAUGCGUGGAUUAAAACGUCCAGACGGAGAAUCAUUUAUUUUUGGACACUGGAGAAUUUUUCGUCAACCUCCAGAGAUGUUAUACAAGAACGUUAAAAGUCUAUCAGAAAUGUUUUAUCCACAUUUCUAUGUUAGGAUGUUCAAUGAAUACUGCACUUUUAUUUUGUCACCAGAGGAUUGUGAGAUAUUUUUGUCGACUCCCAAACAUUCCAGCAAAAGUGUAUUAUAUCAGAUUUUCGGGAGAUGGCUCAAAGAAGGUCUAUUGAUGAGCAAAGGUGAAAAGUGGCAACAACGUAGAAAGAUUUUAACUCCAGCUUUUCACUUCAACAUUCUCAAAGAAUUCAUUGACGCUUUCAAUGAAAAAUCAGAUGAAUUAAUGGAAAAACUGAGGGAGACCGCUGGGAAAGAGAUUGAUGUGAUGCCCCUUUUCCACGAAUGUUCUCUUCAAAUGAUAAUUGAGACUUCAUUAGGAUACAAAUCGAAAAUAAACGACAGUAAAUUGAAAAAAUAUUUGAAAGCCGUUGGUGGAAUGGAAAAGUUAUUCAACCAAUAUAUUGUGCGACCUUGGCUGAGAUACUAUUUCAUAUUGUAUUGGUUGAGUCCAUUUGGCGCAGAAGAGAAGAAACAGCUGGACGUCCUACAUAAUUACACAAAAACAAUUAUCAAGGAAAAAAUGGAAAUAUCUAAAAAUAAUCCGUCCGAGAGUUCGGAAAUAGAGAAAGAUGACAUAUACUUUGGAAAAAAAAGAAGACGAAUGGCAAUGUUGGACAUUCUUCUAGAAGCUCAUAGAAAUGGCAAUCAAAUUGAUUUCAAUGGCAUUUGUGAAGAAGUGGACACCUUUACAUUUGAGGGCCAUGAUACUAUUGCUACUGCAUUGAGUUUCUGUGUUAUGAAUAUUGCCAAUCAUCCUGAAAUACAGAAUCAAAUCGUAGAGGAAAUAAACUCAGUUCUUGAGGGCGAAGAUAGACACACGACAUACGAUGAUCUUCAAAAUAUGGACCUUCUAGAGCGAUGCAUCAAGGAAUCUCUCAGACUAUAUCCAAGCGUCCAUAUAAUUUCAAGAGAGGUCGAAGAAGACACCAUACUGCAUUCUGGAUGUGUCGUUGCUAAAGGUACCUUACUCGUCAUCCCGAUUUUAUUUGUCCACAGAAAUCCGGAGAUAUAUCCAGAACCAGAAAAAUUUGAUCCUGAUAGAUUUCUACUUGAAAAUUGCAUUGGAAGACAUCCAUUCGCUUAUCUUCCAUUCAGCGCUGGACCAAGAAAUUGUAUAGGUCAACGAUUUGCCAUGAUGGAAUUGAAAGUGGUGCUUUCUGCCAUCAUAAGGAAGUUCCAGCUAGUUCCUGUCGAUACACCAGACAAUUUAGAGCUUAGAAUAGAAAGUAUUUUGAGAACCAAUGGUAUAAGAGUGAAAUUUAUUCCACGAGUAACAAGGAUGUGGUUUCUUCUCAUUGGAAUUAUUGCAGUUCUAUACUACUCGAAGAUUUUUUUACAUUUUACAUGGCAAAUCCAUAAAAUGCGAGGAUUGGAGCGUCCGAAAGGAUCUUCAUUAAUUUUUGGUCAUGUGAAUCUUUUUCGUCAACCUCCAGAAAUAUUAUAUAAGAACUUCAAAAAAUUGGGAGAAAGUUUUUAUCCGCACUAUUAUGUCAGAAUCUUCAAUCAAUUAAAUGUUGUCGUUCUUUCACCAGAAGAUUGUGAGAUUUUUUUAUCGACGCCAAAACACACACGCAAAAGUUUAUUGUAUGCUAUUUUCAGAAGAUGGCUCAGAAAUGGUCUACUGUUGAGUAAAGGUGAAAAAUGGCAACAACGUAGAAAAAUUUUGACUCCAGCUUUCCACUUCAGCAUUCUCAAAGAAUUCUUCGUUGUUUUCAAUGAUAAAGCAGAUGAAUUGAUAGACAAACUGGAAAAUAAAACGGGGAAAGAAAUUGAUGUAAUUCCAGAAUUUCACGAAUUUUCUCUUCAAGUGAUUGUUGAGACUUCCAUGGGUUACAAAACGAAAAUGACUGACAAUAAACUACGAAUAUAUUUGAAAGCAAUCCGUGGAAUGGAAAAGUUAUUUAACCAAUACAUUGUAAGGCCUUGGCUGAUAUAUGGUGGCAUCUAUUGGUUCAGUUCGUACUAUCAAGAAGAGAAGGAAUAUUUGCACGUUUUACAUAAUUUCACAGAAACAAUUAUCAAGGAAAAAAUGAAAUCAUAUGAAAAUCAUGCGUCCGAAGAUUUGGCCAUAGAAAAUGAUGAAACAUACUUUGGAAAAAAAAGAAGAAAAAUGGCAAUGUUGGACAUUCUACUACAGGCUCAUAGAAAUGGCAACGAAAUUGAUUACAAAGGCAUUUGUGAAGAAGUAGAUACUUUUACAUUUGAGGGUCAUGAUACCGUCUCUACUGCAUUGAGUUUCUGUGCUAUGAAUAUUGCAAAUCAUUCAGAAAUACAGGAACAAAUUGUAGAAGAACUGAAUUCAAUUCUUGAAGGAGAAGAACGGCAACCGACGUACGAAGAUCUUCAAAAGAUGGACCUUCUAGAGAGAUGCAUCAAGGAAUCUCUCAGACUAUAUCCAAGUGUCCAUUUAAUCUCAAGAAAGGCCGACGAAGAUACCACACUUCAUUCCGGAUGUGUCGUUGCUAAAGGUGCGACAGUCCUCAUUCCGAUUAUGUCCGUUCACAGAAAUCCGGAGAUUUAUCCGCAUCCAGAAAAAUUCGAUCCUGAUAGAUUUUUGCCAGAAAAUUGCAUUGGAAGACAUCCAUUUGCUUAUCUUCCCUUCAGCGCUGGACCAAGAAAUUGUAUAGGUCAACGAUUUGCCAUGAUGGAAUUGAAAAUUGUACUUUCGGCCAUCAUAAGGAAGUUCCAGCUAGUUGCUGUCGAUACACCGGAUAGUAUAGAAUUCAAAAUGGAAAGUAUUUUGAGAACCAAUGGUAUAAGAGUAAAAUUCAUUAAACGAGUGUGACUUGAUGAGAAUGAUUCUUUAUUCUACAUCUGUAGUAAUUCAUCAAAAUAUUGUAACAAUUAAACAUAAAUCCAAAUAUCAAUCAAAGUUUGAACCAAUAGUGUAAGUAGGUAUAAUAAAUUAUUUUAUAAAAAUGUUUUUA